CCGGAAACACCUUGACAUCGCCUUUCAACGUGUUUGUGCAGUAUUCCUUCUGGGUUCCCCAUAAAAGGGGUUUCGUUAGCUCUUGGAAUAAGAGAAACCUAACUUGUGGUGGAAAGUGACUGUUUUGUGCGACGACAGCGGGCCGACACGAUGAUUUUAGCGCGUCAUCCAACUACCAGCAGCGGCUCUAUUCUCUUCUUCUCUUUAUUGGCUUCUUUGUCAUGGGUGUCGGAUACUCAUGCGUUCUAUCUUCCUGGUGCUGCUCCGAGAGACUACUCAGCCAAAGAACGAGUCCCUGUACAUGUCAAUCGACUAAACCCACUUGUUGGCGCUCAAGAUGCCAAACUUGUAAGUGAUGAUUAUUACAAUCCGUCAUUUCACUUCUGCCAACCCGAUGGUGGACCGAAGCGCCAAUCGGAAUCUCUUGGAUCUAUCUUAUUUGGCGACCGUAUUUUCAACUCUCCUUACAACAUAAAAAUGCUGGAAAAUUCGAGUUGUGUUUCCCUCUGCAAGUCGACCGUUCCUCCUCAAGACGCCAAAUUCAUCAACGAUCGUAUUAAGGAAGAUCAAGCGAUUAAUUGGCUCGUGGAUGGAUUGCCCGCUGCUGAGAUGAAGAGGGAUGAGAAAAGUCGGACGAUUUUCUAUGAUAUCGGGUUCAAUUUGGGAAAUGAUGAGGCAAAGUUCCUGGAGACGCCGGCGUUGCAUAAUCAUUAUGAUGUGUUGCUUCGCUAUAAUACGCAGGAUAAUGCGCACUACCGAGUCGUGGCCGUUCUCGUUUGGCCGAGGUCGAUUGAUAAUUCCGGGGAAUCAACACCAUCUUGCUCGAGUAAGAAGGCAUUGAUUCUGGACGAGAAGGGGACGAAUGAAUUCCAUUAUACUUACACGGUCUCUUGGGAGGCGUCAGAGACGCCUUGGGCAACUCGCUGGGACAACUAUCUCCACCUCUUUGACGAGCGUAUUCAUUGGUUCAGCUUGAUCAAUUCCAUCGUCAUUGUUGUCUUCCUUUGCGCGAUGGUGUCCAUGAUAUUGUGGCGUACUGUUGCUCGUGAUAUUGAUAGGUAUAAUGCCAUAGACCUUAGCGAGGAUGUCCAGGAGGACUUUGGUUGGAAACUUGUUCAUGGAGAAGUUUUCCGUUCGCCGAGAUGGCCAAUAGCACUCUCAGUGCUCAUUGGAAAUGGCGCUCAACUUAUCGCCAUGACAGGCAUCACUCUCGUCUUUGCCUUAAUGGGUUUCCUUUCACCCUCGAAUCGUGGCUCCUUAGCAACUGUGAUGCUUAUCUUCUGGACACUCUCUGGAGGAGUUGGAGGAUACAUCUCCGCUCGUACAUUUGUUUCCCUAAGCCCGAAUGGGGAGUGGAGACGGAACGCUUUCUUUGCUGCUACUGGAUUGCCGACGUUUAUCUUUGGGUUCAUGUUCCUUAUUAACUUGUUCCUAAUCGGAACUGAAUCUGCCGGUGCUAUUCCUUUCGGGACUAUGUUGGUUGUCCUUCUUCUAUGGGUGCUCAUUUCCGUUCCACUGUGUGUCAUUGGAUCUAUUGUGGGACAAAGACAUGGCCCCAUCAGCCACCCCGUCCGCGUCAACCAGAUCCCACGACAAGUCCCUCCCGGACCAAGGUACCUUAAACCGUACUGGGCCAGUUUGCUCGGUGGUAUUCUGCCUUUCGGCGCCGCUUUUGUCGAGAUGUUUUUCAUGCUUUCGAGUAUGUUCGCUUCGAGGGCGUAUUACGCAUUCGGAUUUGUCGCUUUAACGGCUGGCGUGGUCGCGCUUACCACUGGCACUGUCACCAUUCUGUUCACAUACUUCAUUCUUUGUGCUGAGGAGUACAGAUGGCAAUGGCGCGCGUUCCUUGUCGGUGGAGGGAGUGCGGCAUGGCUAUUCCUGUAUGGCAUUUAUUACUACAUGACUCAACUACAGUUGUCGUUCGCGAGUACCGUCGUGUACUUUGGAUACCUUUCGCUCCUUGCACUUUUGGACUUUUUAGUGACGGGGACGAUCGGAUUCGUAGCUUCGUACUGGGCUGUGCGGAAACUGUACAGUGCCAUUCGUAUCGAUUGA